AUGGAUCAAGAUGAUUUGACUGCAUCACAUUGGGAUGAUGUAAUAUCACCCAAUAAACCUGCAUUCACCAAUUUGACGUCGUCGUAUUUGCCUAGUUUUAAUAAUGAAUUUAACGAGUUAUCUAUUGAUGAUAGAAAUGCAGAAGACCAAGAAGAAGAACAAGACAAACAAAGUCAAGAUGGAGAAAGGAAUCAGGCAGAAGAGUACGAUCCCGAGCAAGAUCAAUUGAAUGAUUUGCGUAAAGAAGAAAGAAAAGAACAUAAACAAAAUUUAAUAACUGAAUUAACCAAUGGAUCAGAAGAAAACGAAUUAGAGAAUUCAUUUAUAGCAUCACCCAAGAAAGUGAAUGUAAAUGAUUCACUUUUCAAUGAUAAAGACAGCCCGAUAAAGAUCAAUAAUGAUGAUAAUAAGAAUAUCGAAGAAUUACAAGGAUCACCAAAGAGGGCAAAUCAAUUGAAGAACGGGAAAUUUAAAGUACCUAGAAUCAGACGAUAUAAUUCCAAAACCGUUAGUAAACAUUUAAAUGAAAAUAACAUAGAGCCACCGUUAUCAGCAGGACCGUUAGGGAAUAAUGAGACUGAAGAUGAUUCGAUAUCAAAUGAUAAAUCAUCAGUAAGAUCGAAUACUAAAGCUGAUCAAUUAGUUCAUGAAGCAAAUGCACCAUUGUAUGAUGUGCCACAAAUAUCCGACGAGGAGAGAUUGAAAAACUUAUCAAAACCCAAAAAGAUUGAAAAUACGGUAAGUAAAGAGACCAAUGAAGAAAAGGAAGGAAGUAAAUUUAAUCCUCUAAUUGAAAUAUCCGUUGGCGAUCCAAUGAAAGUUGGCGAUAUCACCACUGCUCAUAUCGUGUACUCAAUUAAGAUUCGAAUCAAGAAUUCUAAUGAUGAAAGAUGGAAAAAAUUUGAUAAAGAUGAAAUAUUAGUAACUAGAAGAUAUAAAGAUUUCAGAUGGAUAUACCAUCAAUUACAAAAUAACCACCCUGGUAAGAUUAUUCCACCACCACCGGCCAAACAAACAUACAUAGGAAGAUUUAACGAAAAUUUCAUUGAGAAUAGAAGACUAUCCUUAGAAAAAAUGUUAAAUAAGAUUGCUAAUAUUGAAAAAUUAUACUAUGAUGAUGAUUUCAUGAUGUUUUUAACGUCUGAAGAUUUUAUCAAUGAAAGUAAAGAACGAGAAAGAUUAAGUGGACUGGGGGCAUCAAUGCAAAAUAAUGAGUUUUUAGAUAAUGAUGGUGAUUCUAAUAAGAAUGGUAAUGAAGAUAUAGUUGUGGCACCAAUAGUUGGAAAUGGUGGGAAUAGUGGAGGAGGAUUCAUGAGUUCAUUUUUUUCAAUGUCUAAUAAAAUCAAUGAACCUGAUGAAUAUUUUACUAAUAAAAAAACAUAUAUUGAAGAUAUGGAAUACAAUUUGAAGAAUUUUUAUAAAAGUUUAGAAUUAAUUGGUAAUCAAAGAUUAGAAAUGAUUGGAGUAAUUGAUGAAAUAUCAAUAACAAUUGAAGAAUUAUCAACUUUCGAAAUUAGUAAAAUUACCAGUGAAUUAUUAAAUUCAUUUAGCGAAGUUCAAAUAAAAUUAAAAGAAAAUUUAGAUCGAAUUAAUUUACAAGAUCAAUUGACUUUGGGCUUUACAAUUGAAGAAUACUUGAGAAUUAUCGGAUCCAUUAAAUUUACAUUUGAAACUAGACUGAAAAUUCACCAACAAUACUAUAAUUUCCAAACUGAAUUAAAUAAAAAACAAAGUCAAUUAGAUAAAUUGAAUAAAAAAUAUAAAUCUUCAAUUGAUAAAAUAAAUCAAUUAUCGUUUGAAGUUGAUAAGUUAAAACAAAAGACUUCAAUUUAUGAAAAAAAUUUUAAUAACAUAAGUGAAACGAUCAAAGAAGAAUUAGAAAAUUUCGAAAUCGAAAGAAUCGACGACUUCAGAAAUAGCGUCGAAAUAUUCAUUGAAAGCUCAAUCGAAGCCCAAAAGGAAGCAAUUGAAUUAUGGGAAACCUUUUAUGAACGCCAAAAUUUAGCAGCUGCUUAA